AUGUUUCUUUGCAAAGUGUGUAACGGUGCGUUUACCUUAAAACACAAUCUUACCCGACAUAUACGUUUGAAACACGGUGAUGUGCGGGAAUCGAACUUUAAAUGCAGUAUCUGCGAAAAAGUUUAUUCAAGAUCCGACAAAUUGAAACACCAUCAAAGAAGCGUACAUGGACUAGAUGUUCCACGUUAUGUUGCGCCGCCGCCGUCGCCGCCGCCACCACUACCACCAUCUUUACAAAGUACAUCGGUCGGUCCGGUUGAACAGACGUCAUUGCGUCAUCCGCCUAAACAACAACCCUCCAACCCUUCAUCAAGUACGUCGGCGGAGCCUGUUCAACAUGUGUCAUCAACAUCAUCACGUCCUUCACCUAAGCAGCGGCAACCCUCCAACUUAUGUCCAAUUUGCGGUGUUGACUUUAUAUCUACCACUCACCUACGGACUCAUCUAAGAUUGGAACAUGCGACCCCGGUCGAAGGUGAAGAUAACGUCGAUAGAUUGGAAUCAUGUUUUAAAGGUAGAGUUUGCACCUAUAGAGUCGCAGACGUGUUGGUCGAUGAUGAUAUAUCAUCGUUCCUAACAAGAUCAGAAGGAGCUGUUAAACGAAUGAUUGAGGUUAGUUUAGAUCGCUGUGGUCCCUCUAUAAAGGUUCAGAUUGAGUUUUUUGCGAAUUAUGUUAAAGCCGCGUAUGAUGAAAAUGGGGAUGAAGACGUAUUAAUGUCCGAGAAAAAUUUUAAUUGUAAAUUUCAAGUUGUUUCGGUGGGUACGGAUUUGCAUGAGGUGUAUGUUGGGAUGUGUAGGGAAAUUUUAGCUCAAAGCGAAGAAUUUCAAGAACGCGACUCUGGGUGGGCCUUCUUCUCCGUAUCUCACCUCCUGCUUAAUAUUAAUAAAUUUGAACCUAUACCCGGGUCAUCGUAUAUACGUUUACCUCAGGUAAUUGUUGAAAAACAUGCGUGCGUAAAUAUUAAAAACUAUGAGGACGAUGCUUGUUUAGCGUGGUGUUUGACGGCGGCUCUUCAUCCUACCAACCACCAUCAAGAUCGUACUACAAGCUACCCUCAUUAUAGUCAAGUACUUAAUUUGCGCGGAAUUACAUUUCCAAUAACUUUAAAAGAUAUCAUUAAUGUAGAAAAAUUAAAUAAUUUAAGUAUUAAUGUUUACGAAUUGAUAAGUAGUAGUAGUAGUAGUGGUAAAUACACGGUGGAAGGGCCAAUUUAUUUUACCAAACAAAGACGCGAUAAUCAUAUAAAUUUGCUUUAUCUAUACGAUAACGGGAAGGGACAUUUCGUUUUAAUUAAAAAUCUUUCAAGGCUAAUAUCGAGUCAAGUCACGCGCCGCGAACAUUCUAUACACCUUUGUGAUGGAUGUUUAACGCGGUUUUCAUCGGCAGACAAGUUACUCGCACAUCAGACUUAUGAUUGUAAUCAUGUGAUGACCGUUUUACCUACGGCCGAUUUAAAAUCUAAACAAAACUUUUUCGGUUUAAAAACUCCACAAAAUAUUUUAGAAUUUAACAAUUAUAAAUUCGCUCAGAUGGCUCCCUUUGUCAUCUACGCCGACUUUGAAUCGCUUUUAAAACCGAUCGAUUAUUGUAAACAGAGUAGCGCUAAAUCUUUUACGGAAAAAAUUGAGGAACAUCAACCGUACAGUUUUGCUUAUUACAUUGUUUCCAAUAUUGAUAGCAGUUUAAAUAAAUUUGAAACGUAUACGGGACCGGAUGCGCCUAAAAUUUUUAUCUCUAAAUUAAUUGAUGAUGUUAAAUUACUUUACAACAAGUACUUUAAAACUGUAAAACCAAUGAUACCUUUAACGGCCGAUGAGCAACGGCAUUUCGAAUCGGCUGAAAAUUGUAUUAUUUGUCAAAAUCCUUUUACUUCAAACCAGGUUAAGGUUCGUGAUCAUUGUCAUAUUAGCGGCAAAUACCGAGGUCCCACCCAUUCAAAUUGUAAUCUAAAUUUCAAACUUCAAAAUUUUAUUCCGAUAUUUUUUCAUAACUUUAGUGGGUAUGAUUGUCAUUUAUUUAUUAAAGAAAUGGGUGAUGCAGACAAAGAUGGACUUGAUGUGUUACCUAAUAAUAAAGAGAGAUGCAUUAGUUUUAGUAAAAGAGUGUUUGUUGAUAAGGUAAUUAGCGAAGACAAAUCUGUUGAAAAUGUUUUCUUUAAAUUAAGAUUUGUUGAUUCAUUUCGGUUCAUGGCAUCUUCAUUAGAUUCUUUAGCAGGUAACCUUAAUGAGUUUGAUUUUAUUCACGUGCGUAAAUUUUACCCACACAAUGAUUAUUUUAAAUUGUUGACCAAAAAGGGAAUCUUUCCCUACGCCUUUAUGUCAUCAUUUGAUAGGCUUAAUGCCACAUCCUUACCCCCUAAAGAGGCAUUUUUUAAUAAUUUAAAUUUAGAGGGAAUAUCUGAUGAGCAAUAUACCCAUGCCCAAACUGUUUGGAAGAAAUUUAAUUGUCAUACUUUUAAGGAUUAUUCCGAUUUAUACUUAAAGACCGAUGUUCUUCUAUUAGCUGAUGUAUUUGAGAAAUUUAGACGAGUAUGUUUCAAAACGUACGGUUUAGAUCCCGCGCAUUAUUAUACGGCACCGGGGUUAUCUUGGGAUGCUAUGCUAAAAUUUACGAAAAUUAAAUUGGAAUUGUUGACGGAUAUUGAUCAAGUUCAUUUCGUUAAAAAAGGUAUCCGUGGGGGCAUUUCACAAUGCUCUCUACGUCAUGCUAAAGCAAACAAUAAAUAUAUGGAAAAUUAUGAUGCUAAUUCACCUUCAAAAUUUUUAAUGUAUUGGGACGCUAAUAAUUUGUAUGGGUGGGCAAUGUCUCAAUUUAUCCCCGUUUCCGACUUUAAAUGGUUGACUGAAAACGAAAUUCAAAAUUUAGAUUUUAAUAAUACAGCCGAUGAUUACGAUUUCGGAUAUAUUUUAGAUGUGGAUAUUGCGUAUCCCGAACACUUGCACAACCUGCAUAAUGAUCUACCUUUCUUAGCCGAAAAUUUAAUCCCCCCUAACUGUAAAUGUGAGAGCGAUAAACGAUUAAUUCCAAAUUUAUUUGAUAAGACAAAUUAUGUAAUUCAUUACAGAAAUUUAAAACAAGCCGUUGCACACGGAUUAAUUAUAAGUAAAGUAAAUAGAGUUUUAUCGUUUAAACAAUCCCCUUGGUUAAAGUCAUAUAUAGAUAAAAAUACAGAGUUACGUCAAUCGGCUAAAAAUGAUUUUGAAAAGGAUUUUUUUAAAUUAAUGAACAACGCCGUUUUCGGUAAAACCAUGGAAAAUGUUGAUAAGCGAGUCGACGUCCGCUUAGUAACCAGUUGGGACGAUAUCAGGUCUGACAAAACCGCAGGUAGACCUAGACUUGGAGCUCGGAGUUUAAUCGCUAAAUUAAAUUUUAAAAGUGUUAAAGUAUUCACAGAAACGUUUUCGGCAAUUCAAAUGGAGCGUCUUCAUAUCGUUUACGAUAAACCUCUAUACGUUGGUUUUACAGUUUUAGAACUCUCAAAAUUAUUAAUGUACGAUUUUUAUUAUGAUUUUUUAAAACCUAAAUACGGCGAGGACGUUCAGUUGUGUUACAUGGAUACCGACAGUUUCACCGUACUAAUUAAGUCUGACGAUGUGUAUAACGAUGUUAAAUUAAAUUUAGAUAAAUUUGAUACAUCUAACUACAGUCCCGAUAAUCGGUUUGACAUCCCCUUGCAAAAUAAAGCGGUUUUAGGUAAGAUGAAGGAUGAAAAUUGCGGAAACGUAAUGGUCGAAUUUAUUGGCUUAAGAUCGAAGGUGUACGCAAAUCGGGUUGCUGAUGGGCGGGUUACUAAAAAAUCUAAAGGUAUUAGGAAAGCUGUGGUUAAACAAAAGCUUUCAUUUCAAAAUUAUUUCGACUGUUUACAUUCAAAUUCCGUAUUGUGUAGAGAAUAGUUAUUAUUUAGAAGUUUUAACCACACGGUUUUACCGUUUUACAAAACAAAUUGGCCUUUUCCCCACAUGAUUCAAAGCGAUGUAUCGAUGCCGAUGGUAUUAAAACAUUGGCUUGGGGUCAUUUUACAACUAUUUCGAAUAACGUUUAAAUAUAUUUAAGUAGGUU